AUGAACAGGGACAAUGAUGAUACAUUUACAUCUCUCCUUUCCAAUCAGCGAAAGCUGUUGAUGCAAAUACAGCAAGAAAUAAAUGUCGCAGGAGCACGACCUUCAGAAGCACGACACCCCUACGAACAGGAGAUGCAAAGGGCGACUCUCAGCAACUUCAUCACAAGUACGAUGUCAGGGGCCUCCAGCCAAAGCACUGCAAUGCAUCCUGUGUCGUCAAUGAUAUCACAUUAUCGCCCUGGUAGUGAAUCAGCCUUCCGCAUUGUGAAUUCUCAACGGCCUCAUCUGCCACCUCACUAUCAACAGCAGGACAGCCUGAGUUCAUCAGUAUCCUCACCAAUGCCAUCACAAUCACAAUCACUGCCGCCCCCCUUGCCACCAUCCCAAAUGGCAACGAGUCGGCCGCAGCCAUCAUCAACAUCGAUAUCGUCUAGGUCAUUUACAAACGAUUUGUUACAAGACUACAUGUUGGAACCUACUCCACUUCGAAUGAAGAGACUUUCACUUUCCCUGGGAUUCUCUUCGUCAGAUGACCUCAAUGAUUUCUUGGAAGAAUCGUCCUUUCUGAGAGGAUCGGAGUCAAGAAGGGGCUCAGUGAAGUUGACUGGCGCCAAUCAAAAUACGCACGAUCAUCACACCAUGCACGAUGAUCUUUCACGAAUACAAGCAUCCCAAGGUCUUUUCGACACGGACAGCGAUUCUCCUGGCGAUAGCAGUUUUUCACAUCUAUUUGAUGAGCUAAAGCCACGACACUCGUCUCCAAAAGACAAGGAUAAUGAUAACACUACUACUAGUAGUGUGAGAAAGAAGAAGGAAGGGCGGAAUGACAGGAGACAAAACAAGCGGAGGAAAAAGAAUCAUCAUCCUGGAGACAGCAAAGACUCUAAGGAAACGAAAAGAAAAGAAGAAAAUACAACAUACCAACCAAAUAUCAACACUAAUAGAAAGAUAAGCAGCGAAGUCCAAAAGCUAGCCGACGCUUUGGAAAAGAGCGCACAAAGUCAGCAAGACAUCCAUCUGUGGGAUAGAAAGAUGGGACUCAAGAGGUCACAUAGCAAGACCAUGACCCAAUCGAUGCAAUCCAGAAAGAGACUGAGGGGUUGCUUGCACAAGAUCUCAGAAGUGGUCAAGAAGCCAACGUGA